AUUGGUAUUAAAACGAGAUUUUUAGAAGGGCUAGAUUUAUUCUGUCAAACGCCAUGACGGUAGAUAUAGUGUCUAUGGACACUAUUACGUCUGGAAUCGAAGGCUUAGGCCACCUUUUCUAUGUAGUUAAUCCUUUUAAGACAAGUUUUCGUACGACGGAUGAGGUUCCUCAUUAUGUCAGUCGGGCUUCUUCGUGGUUUAUUGUGUUAAUCAUUAUCGAACGAAUUCUUCUGCGCAAAAAAGGCAAGGCACCUCCUAUCAAUGACUGCAUCACUUCUAUGGCAUGCGGAUUGUUUAUGGAGAUAAAUCACAUCGCUUUUCGUGGUGCAGAAACAGCUGCGUAUGUUUACAUCUAUGAGAAUUACCGCCUUUAUGAGCUUCCUUGGGAUUCUUUAUGGACCUGGCUUGCUUGUGCAGUAGGAAUGGAUUUGGGUUAUUACUGGGCUCAUCGUGCAACUCACGAGGUGAACUUAUUCUGGUCACAGCAUCAGGUCCACCACAGCUCGGAGGAAUACAAUCUGACGACCGCGCUUAGACAAGGUGUUUGGCAGGGAUUUACUACCAUGUUUUACUACCUGCCAAUGGCAUUCUUCAUCCCCCCGAGUCAAUUUUUCGUUCACUCCCAAUUCAAUCUUCUAUUUCAAUUUUGGAUUCACACAGAGGUUAUUGAUAACCUUGGUCCGCUCGAAUGGGUUUUAAAUACUCCAUCCCACCAUCGGGUGCAUCACGGAUCCACUCGUUAUUGCGUGGAUAAAAAUUACGCUGGUGUGCUCAUAAUCUGGGAUCGCAUGUUUGGGACAUUUGAGGCCGAGCGAAGAGAUGAACCUUUAGUUUAUGGACUGAUUGAGCAAGUGGACUCUUUCAAUCCAUUUUAUCUAGAGUUCUUUUACCUUCGUAAAGUCUUUGAAAAGAUGCAAUCUAUGUCAACAGUAACCGACAAGUUUAAAGCCAUCUUUUACGGUCCCGGAUGGGUUCCCGGGUCUCCUAAGCUCGGCCAUUACGACCAGCUUCCUGAAACGAUUAUAAGGGAGAAAUUUUCUCACCCGCUUACCCCGCACGACCAAAUCUACGCGGCAAUUCAUUUUCUGUUGUUGAGUGAGGGUUAUCGUGCGAUGGCAACUCAUUAUGAAGAAUUUGACGGAUGGCUAUUGUACGGAUGCUGCGCCUAUGUUAUUGUCUCGUUAAUCAGCAUUGGACUGCUCUUCAAUCGAAAUUCUUGGUUUCCGUGGAUUGAAAUGAUUCGCUGUUUGGUUUUCCUUGCCUACCAGCUGCAUUUUGAGCUAUUCCUAACGGAAACCAUUGGGAUGAAUUUAAUCAUGAACGGCAUUAGGCUUUUUUACCUAUAUUCUGCACUGCAAUGCAAAAUUGAGUGCGUUCGCCAAUUUAGAGACAACAUGCAAAAAGACAAAAUUAAAUAAGCUCCCAAACACUGUCCUUGCAACUAAAAAUAUAGCGAAGAAAUACAUUAUAUCGAAGCAGCGUUAACGUGUAGGAUUAAUCCUAUUUUUGAUCUUUGAUCCCGAGAGCAACUGUUCAUGUACCAAUUAUGACUGUGGCGAUUCUGAAACAAAAACCGGAUUAGAAGUUGUUUUACCAGUUUACAAAAUUGGUCGAAACAAACCUGUUCUAGUUCAUUACCUGGUGAAUACGUAAGGGAGGAUCCUGAGUUUUACCAUUCGAAAGUUUUGUCAUAACCAGUUUUCCACAAAAUCCCGCUAUAAUAUUGAUGUAUUAGAUCGACUUCUUUUCUAGCUCUUGCUAUGACAACAAUGUAAUUCUCUUCUUUACGAGGUUGAUGUAUCCUGCUUACAAACGUUGUCACAGCGAAUACACAGCCAUAAGAUGGGCAUAAUUUCAGCUGGCGUUGAGCAAUAUUUUGCUUCACUUAGUUACUUUUUCAAGGAGUUCGAUGGCUUGUUCUUCUGCGCUGCCGGUGCCUACAUCGUCCUCCUUUUAGUCAGCGCUAGACUUCGUUACAACCAAAGCUCCUGGUUCCCAUGGAUCGAAAUGAUUCGCUGCUUGACGUUUCUUGGCUAUCAACUUCAUUUUAGAACAUUUAGCAAGGAAUCAGGUGGCGUCAGCCUUUUCAUGAAUAGCUUUCGACUACUUCACUUAUAUUCCGCUGUUAAAUGCCAACUAAAUUGUGUGGGCCAGUUAAGAAAAUGUACGCAGAAAGGAAAAGUUAAGUAAUACCUCUGGAAAUGUAUUGGCCGCGAUGCUGUAGCAACGCUCAACACAAAAGCGACCAUGAAGUAUUUGGAAAUAAACCCUCUUUAACGAUAA